AUGUCACAAAUUCCUUUGCGAUUCUUUUAUUUCGUCCUCCUCACUCACUUUCAUUCUCUCUUUCCCCUUCGUGCUCUCUCUCUUUGCCCCCCUCUCUCUCUCUCUCUUUAUCUAUCUAUCUAUCUAUCUAUCUAUCUAUCUAUCUAUCUAUCCCAAUUAGUUUUCUUUCUUUCGAUUUUCUUCCUUUUUCGUCUUUCGAAUUACUUUUCCUUCCUUCCUUCUAUCCUUCCUUCCUUCCUUCCUUCCUUUCUUUCUUCCUUUCUUUCUUUCUUUCUUUCUUUCUUCCUUCCUUUCUUUCUUUCUUUCUUUCUUUCUUCCUUCCUUUCUUUCUUUCUUUUCCUUCAUUCUUUCAUUCGUUUUGCUUUAUUUUUCGUCUUUCGAAUUACUUUUCCUUCCUUCCUUCUAUCCUUCCUUCCUUCCUUCCUUUCUUUCUUCCUUUCUUUCUUUCUUUCUUUCUUUUCCUUCUUUCGUUCAUUCGACUUGCAUUAUUUUUCGUCUUUCGGAUUACUUUUCCUUCCUUCCUUCCUUCCUUCCUUCCUUUCUUUCUUCCUUCCUUCCUUUCUUUCUUUCUUUCUUUCUUCCUUUCUUUCUUUCUUCCUGUCUUUCUUCCUUUCUGUAGAAUAA